CUUUUACCCACUUUGACGGUUCGCGCAAGGGUGUGCUAGAGAUGCUCUAACCCCGCGACUCCUGACGGGAGACCCACCCGAAUCCCUUGCGGACCAGCUCAUCCUCCUACCCCCCACCGCGUUCGAGCGAUUGGAAGUUUGGAACGGACGCGGCGGCACCCCGCCCGUGCAAACCCUAGCCCCGGCGAGCUUUUAUCCUCCGACUCGCCGAAUCGUGACUCCCUCCACCCCGCGCCUCCCGCACCCGCACCUCCUCCUCCCACGGCUUCUUAUCGAACACCGGACGUCGGUGCCCCGACUCCAUCCUGUGAUCCGGCUGCUGUUGCUGCUACUCCAUCCCGUGAAGACCAAGGCCAGACUCCAUUUACCCUCCCAAGCUCCCACCUCUCCAUGGCGGCCUCGUCAUCAGAGCUGCCCGAGCGCCUCGUCGUGCUCUAUGCAUCGCAAACUGGCAACGCCAUGGAUGCUGCCGAACGUGUAGGGCGAGAGGCUGAGCGUGGAGGCUGCCCGGCUGUCGAUGUUCUCUCCAUGGAUUGCUUCGAUCCCAGUUGCCUGCCACGCGAAAGGUAUGUGGUCUUCGUUGUGUCCACCAUGGGGCAGGGGGACCCCCCAGAUUCCAUGAAGGAUUUUUGGACAUACCUUACCAGAAAGUCUCUGGGUGCGCGAUGGCUGGAAGGGCUAUUUUAUGCCGUGUUUGGGCUCGGCGAUUCAACCUAUGGGAAGUACAAUUAUCCUGCAAAGAAGCUCGAUCGAAGGCUUUUCAAUCUUGGUGCAGAAAGAAUCACAGAAAAAGGCUUGGGAGAUGAUCAACAUUCAUCUGGAUACGAAGGAGCUCUAGAUCCGUGGUUGCUGAUUUUGUGGAAAUCCCUGAAUCAAACAAAUCCGUCGCUGUUACCAAGAAUAUCUGAUGCCAUUCAUCCUAAUUUGAAUAUUUUGGGGGAUGCAAAGGUAGAAGUCAUAUAUUACUCGGCUCCACAAGAUACCACCAUUUCAGACCCCAAAAUAUUAAUUGAGAGAGCGCGCUCAAUGUCCCCUGCUCUGAAGUAUCAUAAUGAAGGAGAGCCACAAUUCAUGUUACAAAUG